GGAGGUUUCUUCCGGCGCCGCGGCGCCGCCGCCACCAAUGUCCAUCGCGCGGGAAAAUUUCCCCAGCCCCCCGCCACUUCUCUCCACUGCCCAAAUCCAAGCACCAUCCCCGACAAGAUCUGCCAAAUCCAAUCCCCCCUAGCCAUGGCUACCGUCGCCGCCGCCGCCCCCGAGCACAUCGAGGCGAUGGAGCAAGUUGAAGGGGAGGAGCUGGCGGCUGGAGCACCCGCCGCCGCUACCGCCGAUGACGUCGACGCGCCCACCGAGGCGAUGGAGCAAGUUGGAGGGGAUGAGGCGGCCGCCGCCGCUGACGACGCCGCCCAGCCGAUGGAGGAAGGCGAAGGGGAGGAGGCGGAUGCUGGCGCCGAGGCUCACAUGGAGGCAUCGGAGCAGGCUGAAGAGGAGGAGCAGGAGGAGGUCCACGCGGUGGCGGUGGCAGAGGAGGAGGAAGCGGAGGCCCAGCCGCUGCAGACGGUGCUCCCGCUGGGCAGGGUGAAGAGGAUCAUGCGGGUCGACAGCGAGAUAAAGAAGGUGACCGCCGAGGCGUCGCUGCUCAUCGCCGCGGCCACCGAGCUCUUCCUCGGCUCCCUCGCCGCCGGCGCCCACACGGCCGCCUCCCAAGGUGGCCGGCGGACGGUGCGCGCCGCGCACGUCCGGUCCGCGGUCCGCGCGCACCGCCCCACCGCCGACUUCCUCCUCGACUGCCUUCCAGCUGCCGCGGAGGCGGCGCCCCGCGUCGCCCGCUCCGGAUCCGAUGGUGCCGCCGCCGACGCCGAAGCAGCAGUGCCCAAGCCGCUGCCACGCGGGACCCGCCGCAUCGACGGAUUCUUCCAGAAGGUCACUUAGAGGUGUCUCUCUCCGUGUGCGUUUAUGAACUGCUGCUCCAAGUGGUUGAAAUGUAUUCCUACCCUGCCAUGCGAUGGAAGUAGAACCUAUGAAUUUUGUCAAUCUAAGUAUGCAGUUGUCUUUAACCUUACAAAUUCCUCAUCUCUGGCAAGGAUCUGAUAUGCCAUCGUAUCUUUAUUUA